AUGCAGUUCCCUACUUUCGCCAUUCUUGCUCUCGUAGUUGCACUUGUCCAAGCAGCUCCCCAAGGCUACACUGGUACUUCUGAUCAUGAAGCCAUAAAAUGUAUGAAGAUGGACAAACAAUUCGACUCGCAUAUGAGGUCCACUGAGGCCGAGCUUCCGGCUGGAAUAGAUAAAUGUCACGAGUUCAUGAAAUACGCCAAUACGAAAUAUUGUGACGACUCCGAUUCGGGGUGUCUUGAGGCUGCAUGGGCUGCAUGGAUCAGCGGUGGAGGUCAAUCAUAG